AAAAAAAAAAGUUUCAUUUUUUUUUAAGAGAAGAGCAUCGACAGUUCUUAACCCCAAGCUUAUCACACCACGUACACUAUGACUGGAGGAAUCUUGACCUGUAUUGAUAGAACCGGGCGUUAUUUUGCCAGUGUCAUCGCGAAGACCGGGAGAAAUGAGGUGCAGAUCUUUAAGGUGAACCCUGCCACAAGAUCGAGUUCGGAGAGUAACCUCCCCGUGACCAAGUCUGCCCUCGAGGCCGACCAAAGAGUGACCAGUGUCUGUUGGGCGUAUGGCAAGGACGGCGAGUCCACCACCUCGACUCCAUCGUCCACCCCGAGCAAGAAAAGAGGAAGCAACGGUGGAGCAAAGAACGGAAGUGCAACUGAGGAAUCAAUUCUUUUGGUGGUUGCCUUGGAAGGUGGAGAUCUUCUUGUUUACACCCCGGGGGUGUCCGAACCCAUCAGAAAGAUUGCCAGUGGCACUGGUAGUACUGCUGGGGCCAUAAUCACCAGCAUAUCGCCAUCGCACAAGAACAACAGUGUAUGGGUAGUUUACGAGGAUUCGGCCAAUCUUGUUGAAUAUUCGCUCACCACUUCUGCCAAACCACUCAAGACUUUCAAGUUUGAAGAGGGAAGGGCCUGUUCCGUGGCCCACACGCUUCUUGGCGGCAAAGUGAGCAAUAGCUCUCGUUCUCAGCCAAUCUUGGUGGGCGGCGAAGCCUCCUCCUCGUUUUAUCUUGUAGAUCCUUCGAAGCCAAAGAAGUCGCUUUUAAUGAAAUAUGAUGGAGAAGAAGAUGAUGAAGAAAGUGGAGCAGUAGUUUUAUUCCAACAGGAUGUUGCCAACCCAGACACCUUUGCCGUGGUGAGAGCCAACAGUAAGGACAUUCAAAUGUACAGCACUGAGAAGUCACUGCCAAUAGGAAAGUUCACCAUUUCCAGUGGAUCGAGGGCAAUUUCUGCGUUACAUUUCGUUGACGGGGCCCUUUUGGCAGUGACCAGUGAUGCGGUUGAAGUAUUUGAUGUCUCACAGUACUCUCACACUAGUGUUAUUAAGACGAACGUGGCACAAAGACCGCUCAGAGACAUUGUAGCCCUUACCCUGAAUACCAUUGUAGGGGUGUGGUACGAUCAAAACGAGCCAAGAUUUGUGAGCAUUGACUGGAGUGAAACUGGUCGUGAGGCUAGAGAAAUUGUGGUUCGGUUGGAAGAAGGAAUUACUUCCACUGGCUCAGGAUCCAACACCGGUUCCGGCUCUCUCGCACAAGAAACUGGUGGGGACGACAUUGACAUGGACAGUGAAGACGAAGAAUACGACUUCCUCUCCCUGAGAAAGCCAACCAUCAAAAACAUCUCAUCUGAAGAACUCUUUGCAGAAUUGAACAAUAACCCACAGGACUCGAUUCUUCUUUGUUCUCAGAACAACAACGAACAAACCAUCAAGACCACCGUCAAGCUUCUCUGUGAGUCGCUGCCCGCGGUUGCCAAGAGUCUCUUUGACGAGAUCUCGAAGCAAGUGGCGGCCAAACCCACCAGAACGGCGUCACUUUCCAUCUGGCUCAAAUGGCUCCUUCUCACCCAUGGAGGGUACAUUGCCAGCCAGCCAGACCAAAGAGACAACUUGAGAUCUUUACAGGAGAAGUUAUCGUCAGGCAUGAAGCUCAUGCCCAAGCUCUUGGCCUUGGAAGGGCGGUUGAACUUGCUUCGUUCCCAACAACAACUCAGAGAAAGAAUUGUUGACGACGACGAAGAAGAUGAAGAAGCUGUGCCGGUCGGCGGCGACGACGACGACGAGGAGGACAACCUUGUGUAUGCCAACGGGGAGAACGAUGACGGGGUGGUCAUUGAGGCUGGUGACGAAGAUUUGGAGGAAGAAGACGACGACUAGUUCAAGAAACAAUACCAAAAAAGAAAAACUAAUCCCUCUGUAUACUUAGAAUAGCAUGAUAUAAUAGACAACCAUUGGUCAAGUAGAU